CUGAGCCGCCGGUCCGAGAGGCGCCGCUCCGGCCCCCGACUCGCCUCGGCUCGCCCGGAAGGAACUGGAGCAGGAGCAGGCGGCGCAGUCCGAUUUGUUCGUAAAUGCAUAUCAAACAGGUAGCCAAGAAUGAAGAAAGCAAGCCGGAGCGCUAGUUCAGCGCCCAAAGUGCCUGGGAUAAAUAAAAUACAAACCGUGGAAAAAGUCAAACCAGAAACCAAUUUCACAGUAUCUGCAGUAACAAAACUCUCAAAAACAGGGACAGCAGCAUCAUUAUUGAAGACCAAGAGCAAUGAUGACCUUUUAGCUGGGAUGGCUGGCGGGGUUGCUAUGAGCAACGGUGUCAAGGGAAAGAAGAGCACUUCCAUUUCCACAGCACCUUCCACUGCAGGGACCACCAUGAACAAUCUGGAUAAUAAAUCUAAGUCUGUUGCAGCUACAAAUUCUGCAGCUAAACGUAGCACUUCAUCUGGAAAUAAAGAGUCCAGCUCUUCUCGGGAAAGAAUUCGUGACCGUUCCCGGCUGACCCAGAGCAAAAAAUUGCCAUUGAUUGGGCAGACAAGCAAUGAUGCAGUCCUUACAAAACGUUCCCGCAGCCGUACUAACCCAGACUCUGAUGUCCGAAUGAGCAAGUCUAAAUCAGACAAUCAGAUCAGUGACAAAGCUGUUCUGGAAGCCAAAGUGAAAGAUCUUUUGACUUUAGCCAAAACGAAAGAUGUUGAGAUCUUACACCUGAGGAAUGAGCUCCGAGAGAUGCGUACUCAGCUAGGCCUUAAUGAAGAUCAAUUUGAGAGAGACGAAAAAGCUGAGGAAAAAGAAACCAUUGUUGUCCACCAGCCAACUGAUGUAGAGUCCACAUUGCUGCAGUUGCAAGAGCAAAAUACUGCCAUCCGAGAGGAGCUCAACCAGUUGAAAAAUGAGAAUCGGAUGUUGAAGGAUAGGCUAAAUGCAUUGGGAUUUUCUCUGGAGCAAAGGCUGGAUAACUCUGAAAAGCUAUUUGGCUACCAGUCUUUGAGCCCAGAAAACACAGCUGGAAGCCAUAGUGAUGGUGGAGGCACCCUUACUUCCUCAGUAGAAGGUUCUGCCCCUGGUUCCAUGGAAGAUCUUUUGAGUCAGGAUGAGAACACCUUAAUGGACAAUCAACACAGUAACUCCAUGGAUAACUUGGAUAGUGAGUGCAGCGAAGUUUAUCAGCCACUCACUUCAAGUGAUGAUGCCUUAGACGCUCCAUCAUCUUCAGAGUCUGAGGGUGUGCCAAGCAUAGAAAGGUCAAGGAAAGGGAGUAGUGGCAAUGCCAGUGAAGUGUCUGUGGCUUGUUUGACAGAACGGAUACACCAGAUGGAAGAGAACCAACACAGUACAGCAGAAGAACUUCAAGCAACUCUUCAGGAACUUGCAGACUUGCAGCAAAUUACUCAGGAGUUGAACAGUGAGAAUGAAAGACUUGGAGAGGAAAAGGUUAUUCUUAUGGAAUCCUUGUGUCAGCAGAGUGAUAAAUUGGAACACUUUAGCCGACAAAUUGAGUAUUUCCGCUCUCUUUUGGAUGAGCAUCACAUAUCUUAUGUUAUUGAUGAAGACAUGAAAAGUGGGCGCUACAUGGAGCUAGAGCAACGUUACAUGGACCUUGCAGAGAAUGCACGUUUUGAAAGAGAGCAACUUCUUGGUGUCCAGCAGCAUCUGAGCAACACUUUGAAGAUGGCAGAACAAGAUAACAAGGAAGCGCAGGAAAUGAUAGGGGCACUGAAAGAACGAAAUCACCACAUGGAACGAAUUAUUGAAUCAGAACAGAAAAGCAAGACCACUCUAGCUGUCACUUUGGAUGAGUACAAAGCCACAGUAGCCAGUGACCAGAUUGAGAUGAACCGGCUGAAAGCCCAGCUGGAGCAUGAGAAACAGAAAGUAGCUGAGCUGUAUUCCAUACACAAUUCUGGUGACAAAUCAGAUAUACAAGACUUGCUAGAGAGUGUCAGGCUUGACAAGGAGAAAGCAGAGACGUUAGCCAAUGGCCUACAAGAGGAGCUAGCUCAUACACGUAACGAUGCAAAUCGCCUGCAAGACACCAUUGCAAAGAUAGAAGAUGAAUAUAGAGCUUUCCAAGAAGAAGCAAAAAAACAAAUUGAGGAACUGAAUAUGACCUUAGAAAAGCUUCGGACAGAGUUGGAGGAAAAAGAAACAGAAAGAAGUGAUAUGAAGGAAACCAUAUUUGAAUUGGAAGAUGAAGUGGAGCAGCAUCGAGCUGUGAAACUCCAUGAUAAUCUCAUUAUUUCUGAUUUGGAGAAUACUGUUAAAAAGCUUCAAGACCAAAAGCAUGACAUGGAAAGAGAGAUCAAGACUCUGCACAGGCGGCUCAGGGAGGAAUCUGCAGAAUGGCGGCAGUUCCAGGCUGAUUUGCAGACUGCCGUGGUCAUAGCCAAUGAUAUAAAAUCUGAGGCCCAGGAAGAAAUUGGAGACUUAAAGCGCAGACUGCAUGAAGCUCAAGAGAAGAACGAAAAACUCACAAAAGAGUUGGAAGAAAUAAAAUCACGCAAGCAAGAAGAAGAGCGUGGCCGAGUUUACAACUACAUGAAUGCUGUAGAAAGAGACUUAGCUGCUCUGAGGCAAGGAAUGGGGUUGAGCCGCAGAUCGUCCACUUCUUCUGAGCCCACACCCACUGUCAAAACUCUCAUCAAAUCCUUUGACAGUGCCUCGCAAGUUCCUAGUCCUGCUGCAGCUACGAUUCCUCGUACCCCACUGAGCCCAAGUCCUCUGAAAACUCCACCAGCAGCUGCAGUAUCACCAAUGCAGAGACAUUCCAUAAGCGGACCAAUAUCUACUUCUAAACCACUUACAACUCUGUCAGACAAAAGGCCAAGUUAUGCAGAAAUCCCAGUUCAAGAUCACUUGCUGAGAACUUCCUCAACCAGCAGACCAGCUUCUCUGCCAAGAGUUCCUGCUAUGGAAAGUGCCAAGUCUAUCUCUGUGUCUCGACGAAGCAGUGAAGAAAUCAAGCGAGACAUCACUGCUCCUGAUGGCGCGUCUCCAGCCUCUCUCAUAGCUAUGGGGACCACUUCACCACAGCUGUCCCUUUCGUCUUCCCCUACGGCGUCCGUCACCCCUACGACGCGCAAUCGAAUACGGGAGGAAAGAAAAGACCCUUUGUCUGCUCUGGCAAGAGAGUACGGCGGUUCCAAGAGAAAUGCUCUCCUGAAGUGGUGCCAGAAGAAGACAGAAGGCUAUCAGAAUAUUGAUAUCACUAACUUCAGCAGCAGUUGGAAUGAUGGGUUGGCUUUCUGUGCCGUCCUCCACACUUACCUGCCUGCUCAUAUUCCCUAUCAAGAGCUGAACAGUCAGGACAAGAGAAGAAAUUUCACUCUGGCUUUCCAGGCAGCUGAAAGUGUUGGCAUCAAAUCCACUCUGGACAUUAAUGAGAUGGUACGAACGGAGCGUCCAGACUGGCAGAAUGUCAUGCUGUAUGUCACAGCGAUCUACAAAUACUUUGAAACCUGAGAGGCUGAAGGUGAGGAGGAAGCAGAAACCCAACCUGACCCACUAAGCGUGGCUGGCAUCUUCCACAUCUCUGGACCUCUCAUGGAGCUCUAAUGGACCUUUCGGAGUGGCUUUGGGGGACAUGGUUUUGUUACCACAGCGCUUGGGUAAAGCCAAAUAGCUAAGUGCGCUGGAUUAAAUGAUUAGCCUGAGAAGCCUGAACUUUAAGAAUGAUCUUGUAAUGCCGAGUGUCACAAGCUUUCAUACUUCUGUUGGAGGAAUGUGAACUGAGUGGAUGCUACAGAAAAGCACAGCUGAAAUUUCAGAGGAGGAGAGAUCUGUGUGUCUGCAUCACAAUGACAUUUCCUCCUAUAAAGUGCCCCUAAGGGUAGGAUGAAUGCUCUACUCGUGACACCUCAACACGGCACCCCCAAGUACUGGGGGAGGGCCCCCUCUUCAUCGUAACCUAGCGAUUGCCUUAUUCCACCUCCUGAAAGUGCACAAUUAUUAUGGGAAGUCUGGGGUUGCUUUUUCCUCUGUCAAGUUCACCUGACGGAAGAUGGUGUCCAAUCUGGAGCCCCCUCAGUCAACAAAACAAAGCAAAGCAAAUGACCCUCUUCAGCUCUAGGGCCUGUGUUUAAGCCUACCUCUGCCCCACUGUCAACACAGCUUCCAACUUUAUUACUGGGUGAGCUCUAGCAUAGCACACGUGAUUCCAAAAUUGAAGAUAUUACCAUAUGUAGAUGAGUUGAUAAUUUGUGCUUCCAGAAGAAUUUUCUUUCUGUGGAUUUUUCUUUUCUUUUGCCUUCUAGUCAUGUUUGGCAAAGUGUAACCUUUCCUUUUGCAGAAGUUUAAAUGAAAAUAUUAUUUUGGCCAUUGGAUAGGGUAAGCUCCUAUUCAGAAGAACUUUCAACAGUUGGCAAUAAUAGUUUCUUGCUCCUGUGACCUACAGGUAGCUCUGCAGUGUGUUCUGCCCUGCCAAGAGCUGCUUCUGCUUCCACCUCUGCUGGGUGUAUUUAAACGGGGUUUCUGUGGAUUUCCCUUGCGGGACUUAUUUAAAUUAAUGGACCAGGUGUAGCAGGAGCGCUCUGUAGAUUAUGCCCAUUUGGCUAAAAUUGGCUUCCUAUAAACCUAGUUUGCAGUGUGGGAUGAAUGCUUGUGAGAGAAGAAAAUGCAAAGUUCUGGAUGCUUGUAUUGUGGUUUUGAAUCCAUGUGGCACAAUUCUUGGGGUGAAAAGCAUUCAAACAAGUGCCUUAUUUGGCCCUGCAUUAAGAGAAGCUGCAGCUUCAGGGCCCUGUACAGAACAAAAAGACCUAACAGCUGCUACAACAUCCAGGAGAUGCCGCCGCUGCCGCAGGGCUCAAACAAAAAGCUGCUGUGAUUCUGUCCUUGCACAGUUCAGAAGACUUGCACACCUGCCAUCACUUUCCUGGCUAUGGAACAGUUCAGUCCCACUGGAGAUCUGGUCACUGCUGUGGGGUAUGCAGUACUUUCGUGUGCUUGUGCAUGUGUAUGUAUGUGUUUCUUUUAAUAAACCCUGUUAGCUUUUGUUUAUAAA